CUUUACUUGUGGGGAAACCGAGGCUCUGGUGGGCUUUGAGGGUGAAUAGAGAGCCCUGAGUGUGAGAAAUAAUCCCUUGACAGGUGGAGAAACUGAGGCGCUGAUUUGGGGAUUUGGGGGAUAAAUUGAAAGCCCCAAGUGCAGGCAUUAAAUCCCUUUACAGGUGGGGAAACUGAGGCACGGAACAAGGAUGGGGUUGGAGGGGAACAGAGAGCCCCGAGGGGGAGAAGUGACCCCUUGACAGGUUGGAAAACUGAGGCACAGGACAAGGAUGGGAUUUGAGGAGAGAUAUAAAGCCCUGAGCACAAACCCCGACCCCUUUAUAGGUGGGGGGAAACUGAGGCACGGAGCCACUGUGGGGUUUUCCCAGGGUUGGUUUGGACACCAACAUUUGCACCCCAGGCCCUGCAGCCCCUCACACUCUGCAAAGGGCCAAAUCCUGUCACCCAAAGGGGACAGUGAGGACAGCAGGGUGGUCAAAUCCUGUCACCCAAGGGGGACAGUGAGGACAGCGGGGUGGCCAAAUCCUGUCACCCAAAGGGGACAGUAGGGAGGUCAAAUCCUGUUCCCCAAGGGGGACAGCAGGGUGGUCAAAUCGUGUCACCCAAAAGGGGACAGUGAGGACAGCAGGGUGGCCACAUCCUGUCACUCAAAGGGGACAUCAAGGUGGCCAAAUCCCGCUGAUCCAACCCUUCCUCGGGCACAGAGUCGGUGCCGAGCCCCCGGACCCGCAGCCAGCUCCUGGCCAGCACCGUGGAAUGGUGCAACCUGACCCUGCAGUGCCAGGGCUCCGGGAAAGGCGCCGUGAACGUCACCUGGAAGCGCGACAGCCUCACCGGGGACCUGAUCCCCGACCGCCACCAGCUGUCCCCGGACGGGACCACCCUGAGGGUCAACCUGCCCCCCACGGCCGCCAACGUCACCUACGCCUGCACCGUCAGCAACCCCGCCGACCAAAAAGUCGCCCUGUUCGACCUGCAAACCAUCUGCCAGGGCGGAGGGGGAACAACGUCCUUCUCCACCUCGGGGUACAUCGUGCUGACCCUCAUCCUGCUGGCCGUGAGCCUGGGGGGGGCCUUCUGGUGCUGGAGGAUGAACAGCGAGAAGGCAUCGGAUCCAGCCACCACCCCCACGGUGGCCGCCGAGGAAAGCCCGUCGGAGCCCCAGUACACCGACAUCGUGUGCCGGAGCCCCCCCGGAAGGUAAUGACCAGGGCCCGAGUCACCCCGAGAAUAACCAGGAGCAGAGCUCGCCGCAGAAAGCACCGGCGGCCGCCCCCGGCGAGGAGCAGCAGCAGCAGGGCCAGGCAGCGCCAGGGGACACGGCCGAGGAGGCACCCGCAGGGCCGGAGCGCCGGGAUCUCCUGGAAGGGCUGUAAAAGUGCGUCGUGUGCCAAAUCCCAACCCAAAUCCAGCCCCCCCCCGUUUCGGCUCCGGGAUCGGGAGGCUCCACCGCGGGACUUUCAACCGGAUGGACCCCCUUCCCCACCCACCCGCCCGCCCGCCCCCUCCUCCGGUUCAUCCCCAACCUCCUUCCCCGGUGCCCUCCGAGACUGUUUUUGGGGAGCGCGAUCCCGGACCGAGGAGGUGGCGGCGGAGCUGGGGGGGGGUCCCUCCGUGGUGUGUCCCCCCCACCUCGGGAUGCUCCAGGAUGGGGGAAAACCCCGGGAUUCGCCUCCCCCGGGACUUGGCCGGGGCGGGGGGGAGGCACUGGGGAGGGCAAGGAGGGGGGGAUAUCGCGGGGGGGGGGGACCACGACGAGCCGCCCCGGGGCACGUGGACCCCCAGCCUCCAACUGCCCUCCCCCGGGGUCUCGCAGGGACCCUCCGCGGGGAGAUGCCCUCGUUGGGGGGGUCGUGGCCACCCGCUCGACCGCUGCCAAAGGGCGGUGCCCCCCCGACCCCACUGGAGCGGCCCUGGGGGGCACCCCCGGGGGGGAGGCAGAAGGGACCGUCCGUCACCUGUGCAGAGCCACGGGAAGCGCCCCCUCCCCUUUCUUCCCCUCCCCUCCCCUCCCCUCCCUCCCCUCGCUGUCCCCGCGUAGCCCGCGCACGGAGGGGGGGUCUCACCGCCUGUGUGUCCAGCACCCACUGCCACGGGGACCCCCGCCCAGACCCCCCCCGUUGUAAAAAACAGCAAAUAAAUGUUGGUGAGGUCACGGGGGGAGCUGGAGGGGCGGGUAGGGGAGGGCAGGGGUGGGCACAGGGACACGUGUGUGUGUGUGUGUGUGUGUGUGUGCACCCCGGAUAUGGGGGACAGGACACCCCGAAUAUGGGGGACAGGACACCCUGGAUAUGGGGGGCAGGACACUCCAGAUAUGAGGGACAGGACACCCCGGAUAUGAGGGACAGGACACCCUGGAUAUGGGU